AUGUCAUCAUCUACUUCAACUAAUGACGUAACAAUUUCUAAAAGUAUGAAAUUCUCUGAGGAUCAAAGGCGUAAAUUAAUCGGUAAACUUGCUGCUAUUUCAAGAGGAAAAGAUCUUAAUUCUCACGAUCAUGAUGAAAAAAUAUCAUCUGAUUCAAAUUAUUCUAAUGAUUCUAAUAUUAUACCCAUUUUUAUUCUUGCCUUUUUGUUUGUAAACCUUGAUUUAUCUAUUGGUUCAGAUUAUGUUAAUGAUUCUACUAUUCAAAUUAUAGCUUAUUAUUGUUUUAAUUUACGUGUAAUUAACUUAAAUAAUUGUAUACAUAUUACAGAUUCUUCUUUGGAAUCUCUUUCAAUUCAUCAUUGCGCUUCAUCUUUGGUGUCUAUUAAUUUAUGUGGAUGUCGUAAGAUAACUGAUAUUGGAAUCAAGAUGUUAUCCGAUUAUUGUCAAGCUUUAACUUCUUUAAACGUUGCCGAUUGUGGAAAAAUUACUGAUAAAAGUAUUAUAAAGAUCUCAAAAGGUUGUCCAAGAUUACGUCAAAUACGUUUAUCUGAUUGUCCAAGAAUCACUGAACAAUCAAUUGAAGCUUUAAUUUUGAAUUGUCCACGUCUUUGUUGGUUGGAUAUUGCUCGUAUUGGAAGAAUUACUGAUUCUACUGUUAGAUUAAUUGCUAAUAAAUGUAAAGAUAAUAUUGAAUGGUUAAAUUUAGCUCGUCCUUCUCCUAUAGAAGCCGUUUAUUCUUCUGCUCUUACAACAAUUGCAAAUCAUAGUUUUUCACUUAUAUGUCUCACUAUUAUUGGAUGUAAAUUAGUAACAUGUGAAUCUCUUAGAUAUUUGGCUCAAUUAAGAAGAAAAUCUGGUCAUUUAGGAUGUAUAACAAUGGGCGAUGCUGUAGGAAUUACUGAAGAAGAUAUAGAAAGUAUUACAAAUGAACCUGAAGGACUAUUAAGUGGAUGGCAAAAAAGUUCCGUGGAUGAAAAUAGUUUAAAAGAAAUUUUGGAUGGUGUAAGUUGGGAUGAUGUUGGAACGUGGUAUGAUGAACGUAGUAGGAUGUGGUGA